CAAAUCAGAUGAUCACCGCCUGCAAGGCCUACAUCACAAAUAACGGCUCGGCAACCGUAUGGGAUCAACCGCAGGAUGUGGUUUCUGAGAAACUCAAAGCUGCUAUUCGCUUGAAUCAGGAAUAUCAGAAAUAUUUCCAGAAAACGAAGCAGAAGUUGAAGGAGAAUCCGUCCGAGCGUCAGUUCGACUUUAGUGAGAUGUACAUCUUUGGCAAGUUUGACACGUUUCAGCGCCGGCUAAACAAAAUCCUGGACAUGUUCAGUACCAUUACAACCUACAAUGCCCUGCAGGACUCCAAAAUAGAGGGACUGGAAACCAUGGCAACCAGAUUUCAGACCAUUGUGUUAACCAUGAAAAGAAAGGAAUACAGUUUUUUGGAUCAAAGAAGGACAGACUUUGAUCAAGACUAUGAAGCAUUUUGUAAACAAACUAGUGAACUACAUAACCAACUGAAAACAUUCAUGGACAACACCUUUGACAAAAUCCAAAAUACUGAGAGGGCCCUAAAUGUGCUCAAGAAAUUUGAAAGACUCAGAAUCCCUGACCUGGGCAUCAGUGAGAAGUACCAGAAGAUUCUGCUGAACUACGGUAGAGACAUCGAGAUGGUCUCUCGUAUGUACACCAAAGAGAAAGCGGACCCUCCCAUCGGCCGAGACCUUCCUCCGAUUGCUGGGAAGAUCCUGUGGGCUCGUCAGCUGUACCGCCGCAUCCAGGAACCAAUGGAUCUUUUCCAGCAGCAGCCAGGACUGCUCAGCACCCCGGACGCCAAACCCAUUAUUCGAAAUUACAAUCGGUUAGCCAAAGCGUUGCUGGAGUUUGAGGUGCUGUAUCAUCAGAGCUGGAUGUCACAGGUUGAUGUGGUUAAAGUGGGUCUCCAGGCCUCUCUGCUGGUCAAGAGUUCCCAUACCGGGCAGCUGUAUGUGAACUUUGACCCUCAGAUCUUGACCCAGAUCCGUGAGACAGACUGCAUGACUAGGAUGGGACUGGAGAUCCCACCCUUUGCGGUCAUCCUUCAGCAGAAAAAGGAUGUUUUCAAAAAGAACUACAAUAACCUUCAGUUGAUGGUGACCGAGAACUCCAAAGUGAGAUCUAAAAUCCAGCCGGUCUUUGAACAACUCCUCCUGCCACACGUGGCAAAAGUUGAUGAGGCCAUCCUGCCCGGUCUGACCACCCUUAACUGGACCUCUCUGAAUAUUGAGAAAUACCUCAAUCGAAUCUCUGAUGCACUUGAGGAGCUUGACCUUCUGCUGCACAGAGUAAAUGAUCUGGUAGAGUUCAGGAUUGAUGCAGUGCUGCAGGAAAUGAGCACAGCCAUCCUGUGUGUGUUACCUGAGGAUGAGCCACGCACCUGUGAGGAGUUUGUCCACACCACCAAGGACCUUUGCAUUAAGGGAGCCCAAAUGCUGCAUACCAAAAGCUCAUUGGUAGAGGAAGCAGCCAAUGAGCUGAUAAACAUGUUACUGGAGUUUGAGCAGAAGGAUGAGGAGGAGAGAAAUCGUGAGGAGAGCAGGACAGAGAGCAAAAUGGAAAAGAUGGACAGUGACGAGGAGGAAAUUAAAUCUGAGGGCCGUCUUCUGUCUCGCAGCACCACGGCCCCGAGCAUCGGUCCCUCAUCUCCACUGAUGAGAAAGAGAAAGAAGAGAUACCUGAUGGAGGUGAUGGAGGGAGAGGCGCAGGAACUGCUCUCUCAUUUUAACCAUCGAAAUGUGGAUGCAUUACUGCGCCUCACACGUAACACGUUGGAAACUCUUCGAAAGCGCCUUCACACCUCAACACUGACGCACUUCCUGGAGACAGACUCGACCAGUCGGCAGAAGGGAAGUGGGCCGCAACCCAUCUUUAGGGCAGGGGUGUGUCUGGCUAUUCCCAACAUCAUCAUGGUUCCAGGUCUGGAUGAGGUUCAGCAGGCUUUGAACAGAGCUGUGGACUUUGUGGUCAGCGUCAGUAAAGGAGUCGGCCAGUGGAGCAAGGAGAGAAUUUCCAAGAAGAAAAUGAGUGAGCGACGCAUGGCCGCUCUGAAACAAAACAGCCAGGAGAGCGAAUCAGAAGAUGGUGAAUCGACCCAUCGCAGCUUCGCUGAAGGCAGUACCUCAGAUAUCUCAGCAUCUGCACACCAGGUCAUACCCAUCCAGGUGAAGAAUUACUACAAGAGCAUCUCGGAGAACAAAGAGAUAAUCAAACUGGUGUCUGUACUCAGUACAUCCAUCAACUCUACCAAGAAGGAAGUAAUGAAGUCGCUGGAUCGCUUCAGUAUUUAUCACCACAUCUGGAAGAAAGAUCGAGAGGAGACCAUUCUGAAGUUUACCCAGGGAAAUCCUCUGCUCUCUGAGUUUGAGUCUCAGAUCCUGUACUACAGAGAUCUGGAGCGAGAAAUCAAUGCAGAACCUGAGUUUAUCUCAGUGGGAGCUCUGGCUUUAUAUACAGCCGAUCUGAAGAUGGCCCUUACUGCUGAGACCAAAAGUUGGAUAGUGGAUUUUGGUCACCAUUGUAACAGGAAGUAUCGCACUGAGAUGGAGCAGAUCUUCAAUUUUGUGGAUGAGGCAAGCAAGAAACUCAACAGGCAGAUUAAUGACCUGGAUGAUAUCCGCAUCACCAUGGCGACUCUCAAAGAAAUCAGAGAGCAACAGAUCUCCAUAGAGUUUCAAGUUGGUCCAACUGAGGAAUCGUACAGUAUGCUCCAUAAAUAUGGGCUGUCGGUGGCCAAAGAGGAAGCUGAAAAAGUGGACAACCUUCGGUACACCUGGGAGAAACUGCUGGCCCGUAGCACAGAGGUGCAGAAUGAGCUUGUAGCCCUGCAGCCAAACUUCAGAGGGGAACUCAUCAAAAAUGUUCAGACCUUUGUAGAGGACUGCCAGCACUUUUACCAGGACUAUGAAAGGGAUGGUCCCAUGGUGGUGGGAUUAGCUCCUCAGGAUGCCAGCGACAGGCUUAUUAUGUUCCAGAAUCGCUUUGACAACCUUUUCCGCAAAUACGUCACGUACACCGGAGGGGAGGAGCUCUUUGGCCUGCCCGUUACCCAGCAUCCUCAGCUGCUGGAGAUCAGAAAGCAGUUGACACUCCUCCAAAAACUCUACGGCCUCUACAACAACGUCAUCGACACGGUCAACGGCUACUAUGACAUCUCAUGGGCCGACAUCCACAUCGAGAGAAUCAACAACGAACUCCUCGAUUUUCAGGCGAGGUGUCGAAAGCUGCCCCGGGGCCUUAAAGAGUGGCAGGCGUUUAUGGACCUGAAGAAAACUAUUGAUGAAAUUAGUGAGUGCUGCCCCCUGCUUGAGCUGAUGACAAACAAAGCCAUGAUGACCCGCCACUGGAAGAGGAUCACUGAGGUCACGGGUCACACCUUUGAGGUUGAAACAGAUAACUUCAAGCUCCGCAAUAUCAUGGAAGCACCGCUUCUGAAGUACAAAGAAGAAAUUGAGGACAUCUGCAUCAGUGCUGUGAAGGAGCGAGACAUUGAGCAGAAACUCAAGCAGGUGAUUGCUGAGUGGGACAACAAGACCUUUACCUUCACCCAGUUUAAAACCAGAGGGGAGCUUCUUUUGAGGGGUGACAGCACAUCGGAGAUCAUUGCUAGCAUGGAGGACAGCCUGAUGAUGCUGGGUUCCCUCAUGAGCAACAGGUACAAUACCCCAUUCAAAGCCCAGAUCCAGAAAUGGGUUCAAAAUCUCUCCAACACCUCAGACAUCAUUGAGAACUGGAUGACUGUGCAAAACCUCUGGAUUUAUCUUGAGGCUGUGUUUGUGGGAGGAGACAUAGCCAAACAACUGCCGAAGGAGGCAAAGCGCUUCUCGACCAUUGAUAAGUCCUGGGUGAAAAUCAUGACCCGAGCUCAUGAGAUGCCCAAUGUUGUCCAGUCGUGUGUGGGGGAUGAGAUUAUGGGUCAGCUACUGCCUCACCUGCUAGAACAGCUCGAGAUGUGCCAGAAAUCUCUCACGGGGUACCUGGAAAAAAAGCGCUUGUUGUUUCCACGUUUCUUCUUCGUGUCAGAUCCGGCUUUGCUGGAGAUUUUGGGCCAAGCUUCUGAUUCGCACACCAUCCAAGCUCACCUCCUCAAUGUCUUUGACAACAUCAAAUCUGUCCGCUUCCACGAUAAGAUGUAUGAUAAGAUUCUAGCGAUAUCCUCACGGGAGGGUGAGACAGUGCAGCUGGACAGACCCGUCGUAGCAGAGGGUAACGUGGAGGUCUGGCUUAAUGCGCUCCUCAAAGAAUCCCAGAGGUCUUUGCACCUUGUCAUCCGUCAGGCUGCUCUUGCCAUUCAGGACCCCGCCUUUGAAUUGAUCGAAUUCUUGGACUCCUUCCCUGCACAGGUUGGUUUACUAGGAAUUCAGAUGAUCUGGACCAGGGACUCUGAAGAUGCUUUGACCCACGCUAGACAGGACCGUAAAAUCAUGGCUAAAACCAAUCAGUAUUUCCUUGAGCUCCUCAAUACUUUGAUUGACAUGACCACAAAGGACCUAGGAACUGUUGAACGGACAAAAUAUGAAACACUGAUCACCAUUCAUGUUCAUCAGAGGGACAUCUUUGAUGAUUUGUGUCGUUUGCACAUCAAAAGCCCCACAGACUUCGAAUGGCUGAAGCAGUGCCGCUUUUACUUCAAUGAAGACUCGGAUAAGAUGAUGAUCAACAUCACUGAUGUGGGUUUUGUCUAUCAGAAUGAGUUUCUGGGCUGCACCGACAGGCUGGUCAUCACUCCUCUCACUGACAGAUGCUACAUUACCUUAGCUCAGGCAUUGGGUAUGAGCAUGGGCGGUGCUCCAGCCGGACCCGCGGGAACAGGAAAAACAGAGACCAUUAAAGACAUGGGACGCUGUUUGGGCAAAUACGUGGUGGUAUUUAACUGCUCUGACCAGAUGGACUUCAGAGGCUUGGGCAGAAUAUUCAAAGGACUUGCACAGUCCGGCUCCUGGGGAUGUUUUGAUGAGUUCAACCGUAUAGAGCUGCCCGUCCUCUCGGUCGCUGCCCAACAAAUCGCAGUUGUGCUCACCUGCAAGAAGGAACGACGGAAGAACUUCAUAUUCACUGAUGGAGAUAAUGUGGAGAUGAACCCAGAGUUCGGCAUCUUCCUCACCAUGAACCCUGGAUACGCAGGCAGACAGGAACUUCCAGAGAAUCUGAAAAUUAACUUCCGCACGGUGGCUAUGAUGGUUCCUGACCGCCAGAUCAUUAUCAGAGUAAAACUGGCAAGCUGUGGUUUCAUUGACAAUAUCGAACUAGCCAGGAAAUUCUUUACUUUAUACAAACUAUGUGAGGAGCAGCUCUCUAAACAGGUUCACUACGACUUUGGCCUUCGUAAUAUCCUCUCCGUCCUGCGUACACUUGGUGCUGCUAAACGGGCCAAUCCGAAUGACACAGAGUCCACCAUAGUCAUGAGGGUCCUGCGGGACAUGAACCUGUCCAAACUGAUCGACGAGGAUGAGCCAUUGUUCCUGAGUUUGAUUGAGGAUCUUUUCCCUGGAAUUCAGUUGGAUAAAGCCGGAUACCCUGAUCUGGAAGCAGCCAUAGACAAACAGGUGACUGAGGCUGGUCUGGUAAAUCACCCACCCUGGAGGUUAAAGAUUAUUCAGCUAUAUGAGACUCAGAGAGUUCGACAUGGGAUGAUGGCAUUAGGACCCAGUGGAGCUGGAAAGACAACCUGUAUCCAUACACUAAUGAAGGCCAUGACCGACUGUGGUCAGCCUCAUAGAGAAAUGCGUAUGAACCCUAAAGCAAUCACCGCACCUCAAAUGUUUGGUCGACUCGAUGUGGCAACCAAUGACUGGACUGAUGGGAUCUUUUCUACACUGUGGAGAAAAACUCUUAGAGCCAAGAAAGGGGAACAUAUAUGGAUUGUUCUUGAUGGCCCAGUUGAUGCCAUAUGGAUUGAGAAUCUUAACUCUGUUCUGGAUGAUAACCGCACGCUGACAUUGGCAAAUGGUGACCGUAUCCCCAUGGCACCCACCUGCAAGAUCGUGUUUGAGCCGCACAAUAUCGAUAACGCCUCCCCGGCCACGGUGUCCCGUAACGGGAUGGUGUUUAUGAGCUCCUCUGUCCUGAACUGGAGUCCUAUUUUGGAGGGUUGGCUGAAGAAUCGCUCCGUUCAGGAAGGGCUCGUCCUGAGGGACCUCUUCUCGUCCUCUUUCCCUGAGCUCUAUCGCUUUAGCGUUCAGUCUCUGCAGUUUAAAAUGGAGAUGCUUGAGGCCUUCAUCAUCAUGCAGUGCAUAAAUAUGCUCCAGGGACUCAUUCAGCCUAAGGAGCAGGGAGGGGAGCUGUCCCGUGAGCACAUGGAGCGCCUGUAUGUCUUCGCUCUGAUGUGGAGUGUCGGAGCCCUUUUGGAGCUAGAUGACCGAAUGAAGUUGGAGAACUGGCUCCGUCGCCAUGACAACAUCCGCCUGGACCUUCCCGACAUCCCGCCUAACAGCGAGGACACUAUGUUCGACUUUUACGUGACUAAUGAUGGUCAGUGGGUUCACUGGAAUAGCAGAGUGGAAGAGUACAUAUACCCGCCGGAUUCCACACCGGAUUACAGCUCCAUAUUGGUGCCCAAUGUAGACAACGUUCGCACCGACUUCCUCAUACAGACUGUUGCCAAGCAGGGCAAGGCUGUGCUUUUGAUAGGAGAACAGGGAACUGCCAAAACUGUCAUCAUUAAAAGCUACAUGUCAAAAUAUGACCCAGAAUCCCACACUGCCAAGAGCCUGAAUUUCUCCUCGGCCACCACACCUCUCAUGUUUCAGCGCUCCGUGGAGAGUUAUGUAGAUAAGCGAAUGGGAAGCACUUACGGCCCUCCGGCAGGAAAGAAAAUGUCCAUCUUUAUCGAUGACAUCAACAUGCCUGUGAUCAAUGAGUGGGGCGACCAGGUUACCAAUGAGAUAGUUCGGCAGCUGAUGGAGCAGAAUGGCUUCUUUAACCUGGAGAAACCUGGAGAGUUCACCAGCAUUGUGGAUAUUCAGUUUAUGGCCGCUAUGAUUCAUCCUGGAGGGGGACGGAAUGACAUCCCCCAAAGAUUGAAGAGACAGUUUUCCAUUUUUAACUGUAGUCUUCCCUCCAAUGCCUCCAUAGACAAGAUCUUUGGCGUGAUCGGCACGGGUCAUUACUGUUCCAGCCGGGGGUUUUCGGAGGAAGUGCGCAAUAUGGUGGUCAGGCUGGUUCCACUGACCCGAAAACUAUGGCAAAUGACGAAGGUUAAAAUGCUGCCCACUCCUGCAAACUUCCAUUACAUAUUUAACCUGCGCGACCUCUCGCGCAUUUGGCAGGGGAUGCUGACUGUGACCGCAGAAGUCAUCGGCUCACCUGAUGUCUUACUGCGAUUGUGGAAGCACGAGUGCAAACGUGUGAUCGCCGACCGCUUCACUGCCCCAGAGGACGUGGUCUGGUUUGACUCCACGCUGGCCAAGCUGGUGGGGAAUGAGCUUGGGGAAAAGGAACACAUGGUGGUAGAUCUGGGGGUAGAUAGCUACUUUGUGGACUUUCUCAGAGAUGCACCUGAGGCCACAGGUGAGGAACCAGAGGAAACAGAUUUCGAAAUGCCGAAAGUGUACGAGCCCAUUAAAUCUUUUGACAGCCUGCAGCAGAGACUGAACCUGUUUUUGAGCCAGUACAAUGAGAACAUCAGGGGCGCAGGCAUGGACAUGGUCUUCUUUAGGGAUGCCAUGAUUCACCUGGUUAAGAUUUCUCGGAUCAUCCGGACCCCUCGGGGGAAUGCCCUCCUGGUUGGUGUGGGAGGGUCUGGAAAACAGAGUUUGACAAGACUUGCGUCUUUCAUUGCUGGCUACCAGACUUUCCAGAUUACACUCACUCGUUCCUACAACACCUCCAACCUGAUGGAUGACCUGAAGGGUUUGUACAGGAUCGCUGGACAGCAGGGCAAAGGCAUCAGCUUCAUCUUCACUGACAAUGAGAUCAGGGACGAGUCCUUCCUGGAGUACAUGAACAACGUCCUUUCAUCUGGAGAGGUGUCCAAUCUGUUUGCUCGUGAUGAGAUCGACGAGAUUAUGAGCGACCUCAUUCCAGUCAUGAAGCGAGAGUUUCCACGACGACCACCCACGAAUGAAAACCUGCAUGAGUAUUUUAUGAGCAGAGUGAGGCAGAACCUUCACGUGGUUCUGUGUUUCUCUCCAGUGGGGGAAAAGUUCCGUAAUCGGGCUUUGAAGUUUCCUGCUCUCAUUUCGGGAUGCACCAUGGACUGGUUUAGCCGCUGGCCCAAAGAUGCUUUGAUCGCAGUGUCAGAGCACUUCUUGUCCACGUAUGACAUAGACUGCACGGCCGAGGUCAAGGCCGAGGUGGUUCAGUGCAUGGGCUCAUUUCAGGAUGGGGUGGCGGAAAAGUGCGUUGAUUAUUUCCAAAGGUAUCGCCGUUCCACGCAUGUUACACCCAAAUCCUACCUGUCCUUCAUCCAUGACUACAAGACCAUCUACAAAGAGAAGCACUCAGAGGUUCAGACGCUCGCAGACAGGAUGAACACUGGGCUUCAGAAACUGAAGGAAGCUUCGGAGUCUGUUGCUGCCCUUAGCAAAGAGCUGGAGGUCAAGGAGAAAGAGCUGCAGAUCGCCAACCAGAAGGCUGAUAUGGUGUUGAAGGAGGUGACUGUAAAGGCUCAGGCGGCUGAAACGGUCAAAGUUGAAGUUCAGAAGGUCAAAGAUAAAGCCCAGGCCAUUGUUGACAGUAUCUCUGCAGACAAGGCCAUCGCUAAAGAGAAACUUGAGGCCGCUAAACCAGCUCUGGAAGAGGCAGAGGCAGCACUGAAGACAAUAAAGCCAGCAGACAUUGCCACAGUGAGAACACUGGGCCGACCCCCUCACCUCAUUAUGCGCAUUAUGGACUGUGUGUUGCUGCUCUUCCAGAGAAAAGUAAACACGGUAAAGAUCGACCCUGAGAAAAACUGCAUCAUGCCGUCCUGGCAGGAGUCACUUAAACUUAUGACAGCUGGAAACUUCCUGGGCAGUUUACAGCAAUUCCCCAAAGACACCAUCAAUGAGGAGGUAGUGGAGCUCCUGUGUCCAUACUUUGACAUGGCUGACUAUAACAUCGAAACAGCCAAGAGGGUGUGUGGAAAUGUUGCAGGGCUCUGCUCCUGGACCAAAGCAAUGGCUGCCUUCUUUUCUAUCAAUAAAGAAGUGCUUCCUUUGAAGGCUAAUCUGGCCGUGCAGGAGAACAAACUGGCCAUAGCCAAUGCUGACCUCCAGAAAGCCCAAGCUGAACUAGAUGCUAAACAAGCAGAACUGGAUGUAGUUCGGGCUGAGUAUGAGAAGGCCAUGAUGGAGAAACAGACACUACUAGAGGAUGCAGAGCGCUGUCGGCACAAGAUGCAGACCGCCUCCAGUCUGAUCAGUGGAUUGGCAGGAGAGAAGGAGCGCUGGACCGAACUCAGCAAAGAGUUUGCCGCUCAGACCAAACGUCUAGUUGGUGAUGUGCUGCUGGCCACUGCCUUCCUGUCCUACUCGGGGCCCUUUAACCAGGAAUUUCGCAACCUCCUUCUCACUGAUUGGCAGAGAGAGAUGAAGUCCCGAAAUAUUCCUUUCAGGACUAAUCUGAACCUCACCGAGAUGUUGAUUGAUGCCCCUACAGUAAGUGAAUGGAACCUACAGGGGCUGCCCAAUGACGACCUGUCCAUCCAGAACGGGAUUAUCGUCACUAAAGCAGCCAGAUAUCCCCUGCUGGUUGAUCCACAGACCCAAGGAAAGAUCUGGAUCAAGAACAGAGAGUCGAAAAAUGAGCUUCAGAUCACCUCACUGAACCACAAAUACUUCAGGAACCAUCUAGAGGACAGUUUAUCUCUAGGACGCCCACUCCUGAUUGAGGAUGUUGGGGAGGAAUUGGAUCCUGCCUUGGACAAUGUCCUGGAGAAGAACUUCAUCAAGACUGGCAGCACAUUUAAGGUGAAAGUGGGUGAUAAGGAGGUGGACGUAAUGAAGGGUUUUCGGCUCUAUGUGACCACCAAGCUGCCCAACCCAGCAUACACUCCCGAGAUCAGCGCUCGAACAUCCAUUAUCGACUUCACCGUCACCAUGAAGGGCCUGGAGGAUCAGCUGCUGGGGAGAGUUAUACUAACAGAAAAGCAGGAACUGGAGAAGGAACGCACAGACCUGCUUGAGGAUGUGGCGGCCAAUGAACGGAAGAUGAAGGAGCUGGAAGAUAAUCUGCUCUUCAGGCUCACCAGCACACAGGGAUCCCUGGUGGAUGAUGAGAGCCUCAUCAUAGUGCUGGGAAACACCAAACGCACCGCGGAGGAGGUCGCUCAGAAACUCCAGAUCGCCGCAGAAACUGAGAUCCAGAUCAAUGCGGCCCGUGAGGAAUACAGGCCUGUUGCGACAAGAGGCAGCAUCUUGUACUUCCUGAUAACAGAGAUGAGCAUGGUGAAUGUGAUGUAUCAGACCUCACUCCGCCAGUUCCUGGGCUUGUUCGACCUGUCCUUGGCCAAGUCCACAAAGAGUCCAAUUACAAGCAAGCGGAUCGCCAACAUCAUCGAGCACAUGACCUUCGAGGUGCACAAGUACGCAGCCAGAGGGCUGUACGAGGAACACAAGUUCCUAUUCACCCUGCUGCUCACGCUCAAGAUCGACAUGCAGAGCAACAGAGUCAAACAUGAGGAGUUCCUGACCCUCAUUAAAGGUGGAGCCUCUCUGGACCUGAAGGCCUGCCCACCCAAACCUGCAAAGUGGAUCCUGGAUAUAACCUGGCUCAAUCUGGUCGAACUGAGAAAGCUGUGGCAGUUCUCUGAUAUUCUGGAUCAGAUUGGCCGUCAUGAGAAACAGUGGAAGAUCUGGUUUGAUCGAGAGGCACCAGAAGAAGAGCCAAUACCGAACGCAUAUGAUCAGGCUCUGGACUGCUUCAGACGGCUGCUCCUCAUUCGAUCUUGGUGUCCAGACAGAACCAUCGCUCAGGCACGAAAGUACAUUACGAACUCAAUGGGGGAGAGGUAUGCAGAGGGAGUCAUACUGGACCUAGAGAAGACCUGGGAGGAGUCAGACCCCCGUACCCCUCUCAUCUGCUUCCUGUCCAUGGGUUCUGACCCAACGGACUCCAUUAUCGCUCUGGGCAAGCGGCAAAGAAUAGAGACCCGUUACGUGUCAAUGGGACAGGGGCAAGAAGUUCAUGCACGAAAGCUUCUGCAACAAUCUAUGGCUUAUGGUGGCUGGGCUUUACUUCAGAACUGUCAUUUGGGUCUUGAUUUCAUGGAUGAGCUCAUGGACACCAUCACAGAGACAGACAGCGUUCACGGCACCUUCAGACUGUGGAUGACCACUGAGGUCCACAGACAAUUUCCUAUAACGCUCCUGCAGAUGUCAAUCAAAUUCACCAAUGAGCCUCCACAGGGACUGAAAGCCGGACUUAAGAGGACUUAUGGAGGUAUCAGUCAGGACCUUUUAGAUGUGAGUAACAUUGUCCAGUGGAAGCCAAUGUUGUAUGGCGUUGCGUUCCUUCAUUCUACUGUUCAAGAGAGAAGAAAGUAUGGACCUUUGGGCUGGAACAUCCCAUAUGAGUUUAACCAGGCAGAUUUUAAUGCAACCAUACAGUUUGUCCAGAAUCACCUGGAUGAUAUGGAUAUCAAGAAGGGUGUGUCUUGGAACACAGUGCGCUACAUGAUCGGUGAGAUCCAGUAUGGAGGUCGAGUGACCGAUGACUAUGACAAACGCCUCUUGAACACGUUUGCGAAGGUGUGGUUCCACGAGAACAUGUUUAGCCCUGAUUUCCACUUCUACAAGGGCUACAGCAUUCCCAGAUGCACUAAUGUGGAUCAGUACCUUCACUACAUUCAGGGUCUCCCCACAUACGACACACCCGAAGUGUUCGGCCUCCACCCCAACGCGGACAUCACAUACCAGAGCAAACUCGCUAAAGAUGUGCUGGACACCAUCCUGAGCAUCCAACCGAAAGACAGCUCCAGCGGAGGCGGAGAGACCAGAGAGGCCAUCGUAGGUCGACUAGCCAAUGAUAUGCUGGAGAAGCUGCCUCCAGAUUUUGUACCAUUCGAGGUCAGAGAGAGGCUGAUGAACAUGGGCGCCCUUCAGCCAAUGAACAUCUUCCUGCGGCAAGAGAUUGAUCGCAUGCAGAGAGUGAUCGAGCUGGUCAGAAACACACUGAGCGACCUGAAGCUGGCCAUCGAUGGAACCAUCAUCAUGAACGAGAACCUGCGGGACGCACUGGACUGCAUGUACGACGCCCGGAUCCCUGCCCGCUGGCAAAAGGACUCAUGGGCGUCCACCACGCUGGGGUUCUGGUUCACAGAACUGCUGGAGAGGAACCGCCAGUUCCACUCUUGGAUCUUUGAGGGACGACCCAACUGCUUCUGGAUGACAGGUUUCUUCAAUCCACAGGGCUUUCUGACAGCUAUGAGACAGGAGAUCACUCGUGCCAAUAAGGGAUGGGCACUGGAUCGUAUGGUUCUGUGUAAUGAAGUCACUAAAUGGAUGAAGGACGACAUCACCCACCCCCCUGCAGAGGGGGUGUACGUGUACGGACUGUACCUGGAGGGCGCCGGCUGGGACCGAAGGAACUGCAAACUUAUGGAUUCCAAACCCAAAGUUUUGUUUGAGAUGAUGCCGGUGAUCAGGAUGUAUGCGGAGAACAAUGGCGUCAAAGACACUCGCUUGUACUCGUGUCCGAUAUAUAAGAAACCUGUUCGAACAGACCUGAACUACAUCGCAGCUGUCGACCUGAGGACGAAUUCUUCUCCAGACUACUGGAUCCUGAGAGGAGUCGCUCUUUUGUGUGACGUCAAAUAAUCUUGAUUAAUAAAGCUAUUUUUGUCUUGAUUUAAUUAAGCUAUACUUGUUUAUUUUCUUUAUAUGUGUUUUUUUUAAACUAUUAUUGUACAUCA